AAUUUGAUUUGUAAUUCAACACGUAUUGAAAAAUCCCAACCAUUUCCAGACCAAACAGCUAAACUCUCCGGAGGUAGCCUGCUAGCCUCUUACCGGAAAGUUAACCAUUCCGAGAGAAAUAAACAUCCGUACAAUAUCCUUUCCUAACAGACUAUUCGCGUCUGAGAAACGUUGUAAAAUGAAGUUUUAUGUCGUUUUGCUGUUUGUAUUUUUCUGCGAAUUACUUUUACAGAUGGGGGAUUGUCAAAGGAAGGAGAAAAGGAUCACACAACGGAAUGAAAAAAAUAAACAAAAAGCAGUUGGACAGAAUAAAAUCAGAGCAAUACAUAAGAAAUUUAAACUAAAAAGUCGAAAACCGAGAAAGGAGAGGGUGUUCCUAGACAAAGACUUAAAGCCGACCUUCAUCAUGACGCAGGUUUUAGAUAAAGGCCACUUCCAGAAACCAGCAGAGACAUUAAUCCUCACCUCAGGGCAACCUAUUGAGCUGCGUUGUAAAGGGAAUAAUAUCGGCUGGACUUAUCCACCUUACCUCAACACCUCAAACCACUCCAGGUUCAGUAUUGUACAACAGCAAAAGUACAGCCAGCUAACAGUUACCAAUACAAGAGCUGCUGACACCGGAGAAUACAGCUGCUGGGUGAUACUCUGUGAUGGGCCGGAGUGUAGCAAAGAUGACCUGAGAAUGGGCAAAACAUAUAUCUUUGUGGCAGAUGCAUCUGAAUUAUUUGUGCCAUCAACCAAUUACUUUGAUAUUAUCUACCUUCGGUCUGAAGGACCUUCGGUGAUCCCUUGUCGUGUGAGCACACCUUUGGCUAAUGUCACACUGCAUCGAGAAAUCCCUCCUCAAGAGCUUCCUGUUGAUGGAUCAGUUAUUAGUUAUGAUGCAAAACAAGGAUUUGUUAUUCAUAAACCUAGUCUUAAGCAGAAGGGGGUUGUGUACUGCAUGGCAAGACUACAGGGAAUUCCACAGAUAUCAAGCAAUUACCUUCUUUUGUACACCGAAGCUUCCAGUGCCUCUCCAUCUGCAAGUAUUGCAGCUUCAUCGAAUGCAGUAGCUGGUGGCGAUCAGGUUAAUGUGACAUGUACAGUGGUAGGAGAUCCAGAUAUGCAGGUGAACUUCACUUGGAAAUAUCCUGGACAGUGGGAUGAAAGGCCGGUGAUCCUCACAGAAAAAUGGAGAUUAAUAGAUCGGAACAAUGGACACACCGUCAGACUAUCAAAGAGUAUGCUAUACAUUGAUGAUAUCGAAACCGUUGAUGAAGGGGAUUACAUCUGUAUUGCUCGAAAUUUAAUAGGAGAAACUACAGUGGCUACUCAACUAUAUUUUUACUAACAGAACACAUAUUGGGCGAUGUUUUCCUCAGACCAGUCAAAACAGCUUGUAUCUUCUUUCUUUAAUGAAGUUUAACUUUGAGAUAUAAUUUAUAUUCCUUCAUAAUGUUACCUAAGUUACUCUACACCAAAGUUUUGCAAUUGUAGGUAAUCCUAACAAUAUUUAUUCUUGGAAACAGAACAGUUCCUGUAAGAACACAACAAACCUGGUGGUGGGAGUGAGGGUGCAAUAUUGACAUUUUCCCUUUGGGUUGAAUAUCAGCCCAGACUGAAGAAAUUAAGCAUUCUUUAUCUAUUGUUUGUAUGUGAAAUAUACUUGGGUUGUGUCAAACUAGUUAUGGGUGCACAAGAGUUAAACCAGCCCUGGUUCAGCAAUAGGAGCUGGAUGUAUGGUAUGGGAAACAGUGGAGGUCGUUGGGUGGGGGAUGUGGGUAAAAUCAUAAUUUCCAGCUGGUGAUUCCUGGCCACAGAAUGUUUUGAUAAUGGCUGAAAUGUUGCAUCACUUUACGGAGCAUUAAAAUUUAACAUCUGGUAUAUAAAAUUCACAGAAUGAAAAGAAACCUCCAUUUGUUUUGACUAGUAAACCUUUCAAUCAUUUACUUAACCUUUGCUGUGUAUUCAGACAUCAAGGAUAGAACACACAGGAAAGAAAAAAUUAACUGCACCUCCUCAAGAGCACAAUCUAGUGAUUAAUUCAAUAACUUGGGGAAAAAUGUGGAAAGAAGAUAAUUCAAUUUCUGAAUUAUUCAAAUUUUAGAAUUACAAUUUUAUGAAAUCUGAGUUAUAACCAAAAUAGAAGUGUAUUAAUGGUGGAUGAAUAUGUGAAGUAAUUCACCAUUCUUGGCUGGACACAGUGCUGCCAUGCAUACAUUAUUUCAUGGUAUUUAAUACAGUGUCUGGAAUUUUUUUUGGCAGAGACAUUCUCCUGCUCAAUCUGUAUUUUCAUGAUAUGUUGCUUUCCUUUGAAUUACAGAGCUAGAUGAUAUUUUAAAAUGUUUUUUUUAAAAGACCGGUUUGUAGCAAACAAAAUUAAGAAAUGUUAUUUCACAGCUCAUUUUGCUGAAGUCCAUUAUCCUUGGUUCAAAAUGUUUAAUUAAUAUAAGAAAAGCCUGAAAUAAAUAAUCAAAUAAUGAUAGGUUUUGCUUUGAGAAAUAUUAAAUGCUAAUGAUUAGAUUUAGUGGUUAUCCUGUUAGCAUUAACUGUUUACAUACAGUACUUGGUUCUGUUCAAUGUAGCAACCAUGAUUUAUUUCAUUGUGAAGCAUAUCAAGGAUGUUGACAGGAAUUCUAAUCAACUUGUAAUGCAGCAUUGUCUAAUUUCUGUUGAAAUAAAAUAUAUUAGUAAAUGUUUAAUAAAUAUGAAUAAUAAUCAAAAUUCAUUAACUAGCCACCAGUAGAUGAUAUUAACAAAUUGCAUUAUUAAGUGAAAGAUUAUAUUACACAUUUGUAAUUAAAUUUAAUAUCAAAAA